UAGUUUAAUCAUUAAUGUGCUAUCCUGUACAUUUUUAAUUCACUUGUUGACCUUUUACAUUAUUUCCCAUAGGUGCACAUUGCAUUGAGGAAGACUUUCAUCUUCAGGAGGAAGCUAGAACGAAAUAUCCCAGUCCCUGUAGGGACAAAUCCUGUCAGGUUCCCCUGUCCACCUCUGCCAUGGCUCUUUUGCCUUUCCUGCACCCAUGGAGGAAGAAGAGUCGUCGUCAGUGGCCUACGUGCGAAAUGGGAGCUGCUCAGAAGCCCAGCAGUCUUAGCCAGCAGAAUUACCAAACUUUGCUGGAGGAAUGCUUGAAGAAAGGAUGCCUGUUUGAGGACGAGUUCUUCCCAGCCGAUAUUAGGUCCAUUGGAAAGGGACCAUUGCUGCAGAAACUACCUCAGAGGUUGCUGUGGAAAAGACCACUGGAACUGCAUAGGAUCCCAGUGUUUUAUGCUUCGAACAAAAAAAGGCUUGCUCUGUGCCAAGGAGUGAUAGAGGACUGCUGGUUUCUGGCUGCCGUGGAAGCGUUAUCAUUUCAUCCAGAUAUCUUGUCUCGGGUCGUGCCCAUGAACCAAAGCUUUGAGAGGAAGAAGUAUGCUGGGAUAUUCCAUUUCAAGUUCUGGCAUUUUGGCGAAUGGGUUGAUGUGGUAGUCGAUGACCGACUGCCAGUGAACGAAGCCGGACAGCUUGUUUUUCUCAGUUCCGUUUAUAAGAACCUGUACUGGGGAGCUCUUCUGGAAAAGGCUUAUGCCAAGCUGUGUGGCUCUUAUGAAGACCUGCAGAUUGGGCAAGUGUCAGAAGCUCUGGUGGACUUCACAGGUGGAGUUACUAUGACUAUCAAGCUGUCUGAAGCUCCGCCUGACCUCUGGAAUAUCAUGACAAGAGCAAACUACAGCAGAUCUCUGAUGGGUUGCCAGACACAGCCAGCCCAGGUCAGUUUAUGUGGGGAGAGUGUCCUGUCAAAUGGAUUAGUGUCUGGCCAUGCCUACACUGUGACUGGCAUUCGAAAAGUGACUUGCAAACAUGGACCCGAGAAUUUAGUGAGACUGAGAAAUCCCUGGGGAAAAGUUGAAUGGAAAGGAGAUUGGAGUGACAGCUCUGGGAAAUGGGAGCAGCUCAGCCCAAAGGAGAAGAUUUUGCUGCGGAAGAAUGAUGACGAUGGAGAAUUCUGGAUGUCCCUGCAAGAUUUUAAAACCCAUUUUGUGGGUCUGAUGAUCUGUAAACUGACUCCUGAUCUCCUGAGUAAGGAAUUAGGGAAGAAGUGGACGUGCUCGACGCAGGUCGGCAAAUGGGUCAAAGGAAGCACAGCAGGGGGCAGGAUGAAGGUGCACAAUGCUGCAUUUUGGAGGAAUCCCCAGUACUUGCUGAGAGUUCUGCAAGGCAAUGGGAGCAAAACGUCCCUUUACUCCUGCAGCGUGUUGGUGUCUCUGAUCCAAAAGCGCAACGACCAUCACCGGAAUCGGAUGCCUCAUCUCCACAUAGGCCUCUCCGUCUAUAAGCUGCACAAAUACCAUGACCUUAAUAGAAAACUGCCGGCUGCCUUCUUUGUCUGGAACAUGCCCCUGAAUAGGGCAGUCUUUGUAAAAGACCGUGAAGUGACUCAGGAUUUCCGGCUCCCACCAGGGGCCUAUGUCAUUGUCCCAGCCACUGCAGAACCCAACCAGGAAUCAAACUUCAUCCUGCGGGUCUUCUCCAGGAAGCACAGCCUUCAUGAAUUGGGUGGUGAUUCCAGCUGUGUCCUUUCAAAGGAAAUCGUUGAUGAACAUGAAGAUUGGGAAGAUUUCUUCACUAAGUACUUUGAUCAAUAUCCUGAGAUUAAUGCAAUGCAGCUGCUGAGGAUUUUGAACAAUGUGGCUUGGACAAAGCUUCAGAACCAUGGCCCGAGAUUUAGCCUGGAUGCCUGCCGGGGUAUAUUGGCCCUCUUAGAUUUUAAUAACACUGGCACCUUGAGCAUUCAAGAAUUCAGAUGCCUAUGGAAGAAGCUGCUUCAGUACCAGGCAGUUUUCCAGAAAAAUGACAUUCAGCAAACAGGAACCUUGGAUCAAGUAGAGCUGCAAGCAUCUGUGCAAGAAUUAGGAAUCUCCCUCAGCAAUGAACUCUGCAAGCUGCUGGCCAUGCGAUAUGGGAACCCUGGUCUGAACAUCACCUUUGAGAGCUUUGCGUGCUUCAUGCUGCGUGUGGAACUCAUGAUGGAGGCCUUUCACAAUACGAGUGAAGAUGGCAAAGGAAUAUAUCUUCAAGAGUCCGAGUGGAUGAUGAUGACUCUCUAUUCAUGAAGUAAUGCAAAGGAGAAGAGUUGAGCCAAGCUACCUGGCCCCUACACAAGGACGAAAGUGACAUCCUUUUAUCUGUAUACGGGGGACAUUUUGAGUCCAGCUUUAUGACUCUUGUGGAAUUUGGAAGAGCUUCAUUCACUGGGAGCAGCUCCAUUGAUGUCUCUUGGGACUGCUUGUGGGUGCAGCAUGGACAAUGGCUAGAAAUCAUAAGGUCAUGCUUCUAGCAUACUGACUGAGGCUUCUUUAAAAAGCGCUUCCUUUAGAAGAAGAAGAAAAAAACCUGAGUUACUGAUCAAGCACCUGGGUGACAAUGAAGUCUGUGGUGUUAAGUCAUGCGUCAUUUCAAUUCAUUGAGGAGUAUCUGCUGUUAAACCAGGAUGGAAUAGUUAUAUGGCUGCAGCGAGGAACAGUGAGCAAGUGAACAAAUACGAAGUGGCCUAAAGGGCCUUGCAGCAGCUUAUUUCCAAGAUGUACUUGCCUGAGUUGUAAGAUUGGCUGUGGAGGCACUGCUCACCAUCUCAUUGUGGCAGCUCAGACAGGCAGUUACAAGAAACAGGGCCUUUUCAGUAGUGGCCCCAAAGCUUUGGAAUACCUGGUAGAGAUCUCCCUGGGCUCUUUAUAAGUGUCUUUUUAGGUAUCUGUUUCAACAAGCUUUGACUAUCUGAUUGAUCUCACGGGCUGCUACUUUUAAAAUGAUAUGGUUAUUGUUGCUAAAACACUGUUUUUGGGUUGUUGUUUUUUAAAAUGAGUUUUUAUUAUAUUUAUAAUUUUGCUUAUUCUUGUAUUUAUUAUUUUGUAAGCCAUUUUGAGAGCUUGUAAUAGAAAAGUUUGCAUAAAAAUGAAGAACAUUUAUACUGACAGUCCUUCAGAUUGUCUCCAAAGGUUAGGGUUCACAUGUCCUUUUAGGUCAUUAUGGAGUGCCUUCUCCAGGCAUCCCACAAUGCCUCAUCCUCCCUUUGUUUCCAAGCUUAGCUUUGAACAUUGACUGGCACUUCCCAAAUUUCUUUCUUCUCCGUUUGCAUUUCCAUUUGGGGCUGGAGUAAGCAGCUGGCCUACUUACUCCAGCCCCAGUACAGUGUAUUUAUUUAUUUAUUGCUAUUUUUAAUUACUCAUUAUAAGUUUAUCGGAAAGGGUAGGAUAAUGAAAACAGGCAUGAAAGAAUCUGUGCAGUCCUUUGGGAUUUGGCAGAGAGGGUCACAAGAACUAUAGUUUGUCCCUUUCUGUUGCUUCCUGAUGAGCAAACCACUGUUAUCCUAUAUUUUUCAGCUGAGGUCAGUGAUAAAAUUGCUCUUCAGUUGCCACUGCCUACACAUGUUGCUUUCAGAGCAGAAUCAGGGCCUAAACUUUAAUAACCAAGAAAACCCAUGAUUAUGAAAGAGGAAAAUCCUUCACAGAAAGUGGCUAAAAUGCAGCUCUCAGUGGCUUCAUUGGGUUUGGGAUUUCACGCUGCAAAACUUUUAUUAUUAUAAUACAAAAAAAUACAGUUUGUAAUGUAUUGCACAGGUUAUGAAGGAAGCUAUGAGAUAGCUCAGUGAGACUCUUAACAUGGGUUUGAGCCCCACGUUGGGCAAAAGAUUCCUGCAUUGCAGGGGGUUGGACUAGAUGACCCAUGUGGUCCCUUCCAACUCUACAAUUUAUAUGAGUCUCUGAUUCUAUGGAAAUGGCUAUAGCCAAGUACAUAUGUUCCAUUGUGCUCCAAUCAUUAUAUGUAUCUGAUUUUUGUACACGCUUGUGCAUUGCCUCCUUUUAACACAACUACGUGUAAUUGCAGCAUUAUUGUGUGACUAUUCAUGCACCCUGAAGAAUCCUCUGCUGAUUAUUCAAUAAAGUUUUUA